AAACGAGGGGGGGGGCGGACCCGGCCAGGCUCGCGGAAGCCGCCGCUAUGUUCGCGGGGCUGCAGGAGCUCGGGGUGGCCAAUGGGGAGGACCUGAAGGAGACGCUGACCAACUGCACCGAGCCGCUCAAGGCCAUCGAGCAGUUCCAGACAGAAAAUGGAGUCCUCCUGCCCUCUCUCCAGUCUGCUCUGCCAUUCUUGGACCUCCAUGGUACCCCUAGGCUGGAAUUUCAUCAGUCUGUAUUUGAUGAGCUGAGAGAGAAAUUGUUAGAGAGAGUUUCAGCCAUUGCCUCAGAAGGAAAGGUUGAGGAAAGAUACAAAAAGCUGGAGGAUCUGCUGGAGAAAAGCUUUUCCUUGGUCAAGAUGCCAUCUAUACAGCCUGUGGUGAUGUGUGUCAUGAAACACCUCCCCAAGGUCCCUGAGAAGAAACUGAAGUUAGUGAUGGCGGAUAAGGAUUUAUACAAAGCAUGUGCCGUGGAGGUGAAGCGCCAGAUCUGGCAGGAUAACCAAGCUCUGUUUGGCGAUGAGGUGUCCCCAUUGCUGAAACAGUACAUCCUGGAGAAAGAAAACACUCUCUUUAGUAGUGAUCUCUCUGUCUUGCACAACUUCUUCAGUCCCUCUCCAAAAAUGAGACGUCAGGGAGAGGUGGUUCAGAAGCUGACACAGAUGAUUGGGAAGAAUGUGAAGCUAUAUGACAUGGUGCUACAGUUCCUAAGAACAUUGUUCCUUCGGACGAGGAAUGUCCAUUACUGCACGUUACGGGCAGAGCUCCUGAUGUCAUUGCAUGACCUGGACAUCAGCGAGAUCUGUACUGUUGACCCCUGUCACAAGUUCACCUGGUGCUUAGAUGCCUGCAUUCGGGAGAAGUUUGUGGAUAACAAGAGAGCUCGAGAGCUGCAAGGGUUCCUGGACGGAGUGAAGAAAGGACAAGAACAAGUAUUGGGGGAUUUAUCAAUGAUCUUGUGUGAUCCCUUUGCCAUUAACACCUUAGCUCUGAGUACCAUACGGCAUCUUCAAGAGCUGGUUGGGCAAGACACCUUGCCCAGGGAAAGCCCAGACCUCUUGUUACUGCUAAGGAUGCUGUCUCUGGGACAAGGGGCCUGGGACAUGAUUGACAGUCAGGUCUUCAGGGAGCCUAAAAUGGAACACGAGUUGAUCACCAAGUUCUUGCCGAUGCUGAUGUCUUUUGUGGUGGAUGACUACACAUUCAACGUAGAUCAGAAACUGCCAUCAGAAGAGAAAGGGCCAAUUCCCUACCCCAGCACCAUUCCCGAAGCUUUCACCAAAUUCCUUCAGGAGCACAGAAUAGCCUGUGAGGUUGGGCUGUAUUACAUACUUCACAUAACUAAACAGAGGAACAAGAAUGCUUUUCUCAGGCUCCUGCCAGCACUUGUCGAGACAUUCAGUGACCUGGCCUUCAGUGAUAUUUUCCUGCACCUGCUCACCAGUAACGUCACGUUGCUGGCUGAUGAAUUUGCUCUGGAGGACUUCUGUACCAGUCUCUUUGAUGGCUUCUUCCUCACUGCCUGCUCAAGAAAAGAGAAUGUCCAUAGACACAUGCUAAGAUUGCUACUUCACCUGCAUCACAAAGUGGCACCUGCCAAAUUAGAAUCACUCCAGAAGGCUUUGGAACCUACCAAGCAGAGCGGCGAAGCUGUGAAGGAUCUUUAUAACCAGCUCAGAGAGAAACUGGAGCUUCGCAAACCCAGUCCAGCCCAGGUGGCUGAAACUCCAUCCAUGGAACUGACUUUGCCCACAGUACCCACUCCAGCCUCGCUCUGAGCCUCAUGAGCGGGACUUUGAGAUAAGAGAAACUAACCUUUGCCUCCUGCAGAGUGAAGGCAUUUCAGUGUACUGCUAAGUGUCUCUGGCUACCAUGGUGGAAACUUACCUAAAGCCACUGAACCUUUUGCAGAAGCAGGACAUUGUCAAACACUGCAGUUUGUCUUUGAGCACUGUCUCUUGUUGGCUAGAAGGCUCAGUGUGCAGUGUAUUGCGUAGGUUUACUUUGCCUAAGGAUAGCUAGGUGGCUUCUUGUGGAUCUACUGAGCUUCUAUGAUAUUCUUUUUUUCAGAAGACAAGUCUUGUUUUUAAACUUUAUAUCUUCUUGCAUUUUUAGACUUACAAUUUUCUGGGGCAGUAAAAACCUGGUUGUGUAAUCAGGCAGAGGGAGCGAACCCUUGAAGUCUGAGCAGUUUC